CGCUGCUCUCGGAGCGCACGCCCAUCACAUAUUCUUUUAUCCACAGGAAUAUCGCGGCGCAUCUGAGAUGACCGACACGUGGUAUCUCAGGUCGCGCUCUCCAUCCUAACAAUUUCUUGCCACCCCAACGGGGACCAGAUACCUUUGCGACAUCCGGUCUCUGUCCGCCUGGCCUCGACUAUCCUCACUCCAGCCAUUCCUUUCGCUUUGCAGCACACCUAAAUUAUUUCUAAACAAUGGCGGCGGGACGUUCCUUCAUUGCCAGCCGCCGGCGACGCGCUGAUGAGGAGGGUGAAGAUGAGGUGGGUCCUGUCUUGGUUGAAGAUUCGCAGAGUGAAGGCUCGGUCUUGAGCGAACUGGACGACGACGAGAUUGAUGCAAGCAGUCUGGGUGACCCGAGCGCAGGGGAAGGCGCUACUGUUGGGGAGGUGGAGACAGGCACGAAUGGAGCUUCUACUGCUGUCAAGAAGGCGCGCAAGAAUAGGACCAACAAGGGCAAGAGACGGCAAGACAAUCCAUCGGCGCCACCAGUAGUAGUGUCGUCGCAGGCGCAGGCGCAACCCGGCAGCUUCAAGGCUGCAGGCGACACGGAGGCAAUGAUGAACGGGCUCAGUAUUCAGGACCAGCCAGACGAAGAAGUCGUGGACUUUGAGAACAUGGGCCCGAAUGGGUCAUCCGCUCCUGCGCCAACCAUCCAACCGGCGCCGCUCGAACGAAAAGUCGAUUCUCCUGCGCUGCGCCAAAGGCGAGACCACGAAGAGUACAAGAAAAAGCGGGAUGCCGAUCCAGCUUUCAUUCCCAACCGCGGCAACUUCUUCAUGCACGACACUCGCAACCACCAUGGAGCUGGACAGCCGCCAAUGAGAGGUGCGUGGAAUACCAGAGGUCGCGGAAGAGGCGGACCCAACGUCGCAGGUCCAUUUGCGCCAGCUACACAUGCGGCGCAUUCUGAGAAAGCGGCAGAGCUGCCAUGGAAGCACGACUUGCACGAUACGAUCAACGAAGAGCCAGCAACAGGGAAGGCUUCCGACGUGACCUCAGACCAGAUCGAAUCUGCGCGGCUAUUUCCCAAGCCUGCUCCCACGGCUCAACAGAAUCAGCAUGUCCCACCGACUAAGAUCUCGUUCUCGAGCACUACACAUGCUGGUAAGGUCCUCAUUCGUGUUUACUUGCCGGGCAUGAAGUCGCCUGUGUCCUUCUCGGAAGUGCUUUGGAAGCAUUACACUCGCUUGCCGGAUCACCGACCACCGCUCCGGAGAGACAAGCCAGUGCGGGUCUCGCUGCCUGGCCACGUGCAGCGAUACAUCUUCCCAUCUCCUGAACGGUCUUUCAUCUUCAUUCCUCGCCAAAUGCGACCCAAUCAGCAUGGCUUUGGACCAAAUAGAUACCAAAGGAGUAUCGGCGGCUAUGGCUAUUCGAGUCGCAGGACCAGCAUGUAUGGCGGUAGCAUAUACGCUGCUUCUGUUGCGGCUAGUCGGCGGUCUUCUUUUGCCAGCGUCGCUCGUGAGAAUGCAUUCUCUCCUGUCGGAUCCUUCGCUGGUGCCAUGCAACAGUCACGUCCAGUGGUCAGGCUGCCGCACGGCUCACAGUCGCACUUCUCUCCAGCAGCCAGUACUCCGUUGGGCCCGCUCUCUGGCCAUCAAACACCGACAGGCAUGGGCAUGCACUCGUAUCCCCUGCCGGCGCAGCCGCAAUAUCAAGGCACACCUACGACCACUGUGCACCAACCAAAACCUCAAAAGGCCAUAUCUGUCACCGGGAUCGAGUCUCCUGCCAUGCUGCAGCAAGCUGUUCCGCCACAAGAGUCGCAGCCUUUCGCCAAUCAGCUGCCUGCGCACAUCAACGAUCAGCCACCGUUUCAGCCCAUGGGGGCUUACUUUUCUCCUCGCUCGUCUUUCUCCUACCCUCAUCCGCAAGGCGGCACGCCACUGUCGGGUAUUCCAGAACAAACUAUGCAAGCUCCUAGCUUCCAGCCUCCAGUGAUGCCUUACCCUGCUGGGCCGUACUAUGCUCCAUAUUCGCAACAGCAGAACUACUACUAUCCUUCUGGGCCUGGAGCAUACCCGCCAAUGCCAAUGUACGCGCCCCCGCCCCAGAACUACAUGAUCUCGCCACCAGGACAGCACAUGGCACCACCUCAGCAGCAAGCUACAACUCAACAACAGGCUCCCCAACCUGCGUCAUCCGAACCUCAGCAGGAGACAAGUCAACCACAGUCUGGCAUGGUCGCGCACGAGAGCAAUGGAAUGGUCUUCUACAUGCCCGCAUCCGAGGCUCAACAACAAAACCAGGGUGAGAACUACCAACCGGCUGAGAGCUUUGUCCCGUCUUACGCCAUGCCUGGUCUACCGCCGCCGACACCUGCGCCGGAAGCGCCAUUUUUCUAUCCUCAGCAAAUGCCAAUGGCGGGUUACUAUUCCGGACAAGGCGCGCAACAAUAGUGACGAUCUGCCUGCAUUUCUCAACACCCGGAAACCUAUCACCAAUGUUACAGCGGCGAUCUUCUCCUUGUGUACCUGCUUUUACUGCCUCUUGCUUAUUGAUGUUCUGCUGCUUUUGCUGCCUCGACGGCGCUGAUUGGGAAUACUAGCAAGCAUGGCGUUUCCGUGAACAGGAGUUCUUUUUGAUUGAUGGAAAAGAGGGGAGGGCUAUCUGCAGGAUUGGACAUGGGUGACAUCCCUAUGGGACUCGGUAGCGAAGCCUUAUUAUUGCGACACUUGUGUCAUUGUGUAUGCUCAGCGGUAGUAACGGUGAGGCGCUGGAGGAAAGGCGAUGAUGGCGUAUUAUCAUUAUCUUGAUAUUGAUCGUAGAUAUCAUUUCUCGUUGCCUUCGAUG